CUCCAGCAGUCCCUGGUCUGGAAUCCAGGCAGCUGCACAGAGCCCUCUCUUCCUUAUAAGUACCCUGCGUAAACCUGAAUAACCCUGACCAGACCACUCCACAAUCGUUCAACCAACUGAUUCAUUCAAUUCACACAUUCGUUCAUUCUAUACCUACCUAUCUUAGAGUCCAAUCAUCAUUCCACAAGACAACAAUCGAGACUCCCAUUCUUUCAUUCGAGAAAAAUGUCCCUCACAACCACCGCCACCACGACCGCGGCCUCCGCCACCUCGACCUGCCACCAGCAGCUCUACGAGAUCCCCAUCAAGGACGCCGCCUGCGCCAUGCCCAGCACCGGCAACAACUCCGCCAUCAUGAGCAGCUGCUGCGGCGCCGCCGACGUCGUCUCCUACAGCAGCUGCGACUACUACUGUCUCGCCCAGGGCCAGACCGUCCACACCCUGGCCGAGUGCCUCAUUAAGGCCUCCGAGGCCGGCGAGGUCUGGUGCAACACCGGCGCCAAUGCGACCGCCACGGGCACCGUCCCCGCCACUGGGGCCGGUACCAUCGUGGCGACGGCGUCGGCGACGUCGUCUUCCUCCACCAAGAAGGGCAAGAGCUCCGGAACCGCGACGGGGUCGAGUGCGUCGAGCAGCUCGACUAGUGGGGGGAAUGUGGCUGUUGGUGUGAGUAAGAAGGCUGUGGGCGUGAUUGCGCUGUUGGUUGCUGGGGUUGUUGGGGGUGGAUUGUUGUAAGGGGAGAGUGGCUUGGGUAGAUGGGUGGUGUAUUUUUUGGAGAUGGGGGAGGGGUUGAUUUGAUGAUGAGGAUGGGGUGGAGGAUACCAGGCAGAUUGGGAAUGAUGGUAUUGUCUUUUGUGUUGUUGUAUUGUAUACUGUUAUAGCCGGAUGGUGCGUGAUCAAUCAAUGGGUCGAGAGCUUGUUAGUGUACAGCUUGUUGGUUGCUCAUUGCAGCUCUGACUUCCUUGAUAUUUCUUUCAAGAUUGUGAACUAUUUACCUUCAUCUUCUUGCACAUGCAUUAAAUAAUGGCAGUUGCAAACAGCCAAC